AUGACUGGAGUUCCUUAAAUAUUUUAAGCCAUCACUUUAAUUAGUUAUCUCUUCUUUCAUUGGAAAGGAGCUUUAGACCAUGAGUCCAUAAAGCUAAAAGUAUUUGUUAAUAGAAACCAUAUUAUCUAUGUAUAAUAAUGGUAUCUGAUAUAUUUCGAAGAUCAAACUGAAAAUUAUAUUUCUUAGCAACUGCCUUUAGUUUAAACCCUAGAUCCUAUUCAAAUUUCAUUGGAUGGCCUGAAGCCUUAUACAAAAUAUAAUUAUCUUUUUCACUUUGAUUAGCUUUCAAAGUUUAAUUCUUCAAACAUCACAAAUAAUUAUGAAAUAUUCUGGUUUAAAACAUUAUAGACGCCUUAUCUAAAGCAAAACUUAAGUUUUUCGUUCAGUAGCUGCGCAAAAACAGGUUCUGAAGACCACGUCUUCUAAGAUAUUAUUGAUCUGUUUCCUGACCACUAAUUUUUUAUUUAAAUGGGAGAUAUUUAUUAUGGAGAUAUAAUUUAAAAUUAAGAAACACUUUAUGACGAAUCUUAUUAUAGAAUGUUUGAAAGCAAGUCAUAAAGCAAGUUUUACUAAUAUUAUGGUUUGGUUUACAUUUGGGAUGAUCAUGAUUUUGGUGAUAACAAUUCUGGAGAAUCAUCUCCAGGUAAAUAAGCAGCAACUAGUGUUUACUUAAAAAAUGUGCCUCACUAUCCUUUAAGAUAUCUUCCAUAAGAUCUACCUCAAAAGUAUUUAAAUUCAGAAGGUAUUUACUAGUAUUUUAUUGCUGGAUAAACACUUUUUGUAAUAAUGGAUUUAAGAACUCAUUUCAGAGAUGGAGUGCGGGCUAUGGAUUAAAAUUAACUAAUGUGGGUGAUUGAAAUACUAGAUUGGUGUAAAUAAAAUUAGAAAAUUGAUAAUUUAGUUGUUGUAAGCUCAAUACCGUGGUUAGGAAAAGACUGGGUUACUUUUAAAGAGCAAAGAACUAUAAUAGGUAAUAAAAUGGCUGAAGUAAUGAAAGCUAAAUAAAAUGUACUUUUAAUCACUGGUGAUAGUCAUAUGGUAGCAUUUGACAAUGGCUAUAAUAAUGAUGCUGGUGGAUUCCCUCAUUGUAUUUCAAGUCCUAUGGACAAAACCCCUAGCUGUAAAGGAGGUCAAUAUACUUUUGGUCCUUUCUCUGGGAAUUCUUAAUACUCCACAUUAGAUAUAACAUAUGAUCCAGCCACUAACAUUAACUGUUUUAUUGUCAAAGGAUGGAGAGGAAAAGAUGUUUUGUACAACUACAAUUCAUGUAAUUAGAAAGAUAGGGAAUUAAAAACUAGCAACUCAUGCUUUACAUCUGUACUUUAGAUAUUCAUCAACACUUUUGUACCACUACUGCUAAUAUUAGUAGUUCUAGUCUUAAUUUGGAGAUACACUCUAAGGUUUUCAAACUAGCUCUCUCACUAACAAGUGGCUUAAUAAUAUAUAAAUUUGGUAAAAAAAGAUGAUUAAGAAUAAAAUUAGAAUCUUCAUUCUUACACCUUUGAUGAAAAAUAAAAUAAACAACCUGGUACUGCAUAGAAAAAAAAUUCUGCCUCUAAUUUAAAUGAAGUAGAAAGAGAGAAGUUUAUGAAUCAAGAAAUACCUCCUAAUCAACUUCCAACAUUUUUGAAUAGCGCAUAAAACUAAAAGAGUGUUGAAAAUAUUUGA